AGCACAUAACGCAUCGGACUGUCAACAAACAAUAUGGCGGCCUAACCGAACUCUGCUCGACGUAACAAAUGGCGUUGUGAAAGCUUUUUGUGGGGUUAAAGAAGGAAGGAGCGGUCUGUUCUCCUCUAAUCACCCUUCUGGAGGCUGAGCGCGGAGCUCCAGGGACGCCAUGGUGCUGAAGGUCUUCUUCCCGCAGUGCUGUAAUCGGGCCGACAGCGGCCUGCUGGUCGGCCGCUGGAUCUCCGGCCACGACUCGGCCGUGGUGCUGGCGGUGAUCCACUACCCCUUCAUCCCGGGGCAGGUCAAACAGUACAUCCAGAAGAUGCAGGCUCAGAGUGGAGUGGAGCUGUCGGUGCUCGGCUCCUGGAGUUUACCCAAAGACGGACAGGAGGGCAUGGAGAGCUUCCUCAGAGACCUCAGCACCAUCUUCCCCCAGGAACGCUGGCUCCAGAUCAACCGCGAGCUGGGCAAGACGGGCUUCACCUGCCAGGUGGUCCACCACGAUCAGAAUGGAAAAGUCCUCCAGAGGGAAGCGAAGAAGAAGGUUGAGGGAGGUGAUGAUGAAGAGGAGGAGGAGAAGGUGAUCUUCGUCCACUACGAGCAGAAGAAGGUGAUGUUCUCCCAGCUCCACCCCGUGGAGAACGGCGUUCCUGACCCGACAACGGAUCCCCCGUCAGAGCUGCGACAGAUGUUCCGGACAGUGGCCAGCAGCGCUCCUCUGUUCUUCCUGGAUCGCUAUGACGACGGGCCGCUGAAGUCCACCCACUGGCAGACGGAGGGCCGCGAGGCGAGCAUCAUCGUGGAGCUGCUGAAGCAGGCGUCCGUCCCGCUCUGCCUGCUCAUCGGCUGGCUGCUCUGCGUCUGGUCCUGGAUCUGCAACCUCCGGGUCUUCAGCCUCUUCCCGCUGCGCUUCCUGUCCAGUAAGCUGUCCACGUGUGUGCAGCUGAGCUACAGAAGCGAACACCUGAGGACGCUGAGCUCGAGGACGCAUGCCGCUGGACACGUCCACUUCAUGAGGAAGGCGAACAUGGUGGUGUCCUUCCUGGUGGACGUGUCUCUCGGCAUGUUGCUGGUCUGGUGGCUCUACAGAGACGACCACAUCUCCAUGUUGGCCAACGCGCUGCUUCCUGCCGCUGAGCAUGUGGCGAAGGAGCUGGAGGAGCUGCUGCAGUGGCUGAUGGGAGCUCCCGCUGGGCUGAAGAUGAACCGGGCCCUGGACCAGGUCCUGGGUCGCUUCUUCCUCUACCACAUCCACCUGUGGAUCAGCUACGUCCACCUGAUGUCGCCCUUCAUCGAGGGGAUCCUGUGGUACGGAGGCCUGUCGGCCUGCUUCGGCCUGACCUUUGCCCUCUCGCUGCUCUCUGACAUGGUGGCUCUGCUCACCUUCCACAUCUACUGCUUCUACGUCUACGGAGCCAGGUUGUACUGUCUGAAGAUCUACGGCCUCUCGUCUCUCUGGAGGCUCUUCAGAGGGAAGAAGUGGAACGUCCUGAGACAAAGGGUGGACUCGUGCUCCUACGACCUGGACCAGCUCUUCAUCGGCACGCUGCUCUUCACCGUCCUGCUGUUCCUGCUCCCCACCACGGCGCUCUACUACCUGGUCUUCACUCUGCUGCGCUUGGUGGUGGUGCUGUUCCAGGGCGUCCUCCACCUCAGCGUGGACUUCAUCAACUCCUUCCCCCUGUUCGCCGUGGGCCUCCGCCUCACCCGCCACCACCGCCUGGCAGAGGGCGUGAAGUUCAGGGUGCUGUGUGAGGAGCCUGGGACGGCCCUCCACCUGCUGAUGGAGAUCAACCCUCUGAAGUGCAGCACGGUGGUUCAGACCUACCGCACGCCCACCUACAGCUGCUACCCCAGAGACUCGUGGGCCGCCCUGGUCAAGAAGCUGUUUGUGGGGGAGCUGGUUUACCCCUGGAGGCACAAAACCAAGACGGACUGAGCCCAGGAGGGAAGUGACUGGAUACAUGAAGACUGAACCUGAGAGGCCACUGUACUUUGUAUCUGGUCGGCAUGAAGAAGAAGAAGAAGAAGAAGAAUGAGUAAACUUAAAAACCAGCAAUUAGUCAGGUCCGACUGUUCUGAGAACUGUGAUCGUAAGAGUUUCACUAUUUUCUAAUGAUUUUGUUCUUUAAGGUCAGAUAAGAAAUUAAAUGUAAGACUACAUUUUUUUGCCAUGGUUUCACACUCCGGACGAUUUUGUUCCUCAACCCAAAAGUUUCUUUUCUUGUAAAUCUGUGGCUUGAUAAUCUCAGAAUCUUACCGUUUAAUUUUCAGAAAAUCUCCAAUAUGUAUUUUAGGUAAAUUAACAACAUUAUUCAAAUAAUUUGAACCAUCAAUGAAAAUCCCUCCUUACUUUAUUUAGACCUUAAUCUGAUUCCCUUGUUAGUGACGUUUUACUGACAGCAUUCAGCUCUCUUCUGCUUUAAGAAAUAGAAGUAAAAAGAUGAAAGUAUCAGCAUCCAAAGCUAAAUGUUUCUGGUUUUAAUAACAUGGUCACCAUUGAACACUGGACCUUAAAUUAGAUAUUAAACUAUUAAUGUUCAUGAAUUUAAUUUGUUGGUAGUUUUUCUUGUUGUUUUGUUUUUUAGAAAAAUGUGAGGAAUUCCUGUAAAUCUGAUAUUUAUGUGUUUACUGCACUGAUCAUGUAGAUAGUAGUAGAUCUUUAGAAUUUAUAUUAUUAAAGUAUUUGCAAGACUCAAAUAUUACAAACUGGACUAACUGAUUUUCUUCAUUAUUCGUAUGUUUAAUAAUUCAUAUUUUUAUUACUAAAGUGUAUUAUUUUAUGUUUAUUUGUUUGUUUGGGAAGGAGAUGAUAGUCAUUGUUCUGUUGCUAUGGAAACCCUUAUAACAACCAGACUUAUUCCACUAUGGGUCAGUUUGUCAGCAUUUGUGCCAAUUUAUGUCAGUUUUAGUUCAAUAUUGUCAUUUGUAACAAACAUGUCUCUCUCAGCACUAAAUACAAAAAUACCAGUAAAAUUUGAAUCUGUUGAUUUCCUGAAAUUUCCCAAUAAUUGUGUUUUUUUCUUUUUAUUCAUCUUUUUUUCCAUCCCACUUCCAAACUAAAUGUUCCAUUGUCUCUUAAUAAAAAAAAAUCUGUGCUUAUUUCUCA